ACAUUGUUCAUUUUUGUGUGAUGAUUUUUGGCGAUGAUGGUGAUGGUAUUGGAGAGAGUGAAUUGUGAUCAAGUUCAGAAUAAAUAACCACGAACGCACCUAAACAUUUUGUUGAAAUUUUUAUGUUACAAGUUUUUUUAAAUACUCUCUAAUUUUACUAUUUGUUCUUGUAUGUAACUUUUUUUAACAAAGCAAUAUUAAAAAGUAAGAAGUCGACUCAGUAGUAUUAAGAGUAAAUACAGUUCAUCAAAAUGCACGGUAGAGUAAAAGUACGAACAACUGAAGAAGAAAAGGCAAGAAUAGAAAAAGAAAGACAAGAGAAAGUGAAGGUUUUUAAAAAGUUAAUGCUAAAAAUACAAUGUAAGAGGAAAGAGAAUGAGCUUGACACAGAGUUACUUGAGCUUACAGGGAAGGUUUUAAUGUCUAACCCUGAUAUAAAUACACUAUGGAAUAUAAGGAGAGAAAUAUUCCUGCACAUUAGAAAAGAUUAUUCGGAAGUAGAAUUAACAAAAAUGUAUGAUGAUGAAUUAAGCAUUACAGAAUAUUGCUUGAAAAAAAAUCCUAAAUCAUACUGUGCAUGGCAUCAAAGGAUGUGGGUGUUAACAACAAGAUCAGAUCCAGAUUGGAAAAAUGAACUUGAUUUGUGUAACACAUAUCUUAAACUUGAUGAAAGAAAUUUUCAUACUUGGAAUUAUCGUCGUUUCGUAGUCAGGCAGUGUAAACCUCCAUUGCAAGAUGAAUUUGAUUACACAACAGAAAAAUUACUUGACAAUUUCUCUAAUUAUUCCGCAUGGCAUUACAGAAGCAAAAUGCUAUUACAUCUAUAUCCAGAUGUCGAAGGUGGACGUCCUAUACAAGAUAUACAUCAUAAGCAUGAAUUAAAAAUGGUGAUAAAUGCAGCAUUUACAGACCCUGAUGACACAAGUGCUUGGUUCUAUCAGAGAUGGUUAUUAGGAGCUGUAAAAACUAGUAUAAACCUAGUUGCGUGUGCUGUUACCGAAUCUAAAAUAACUGUUGCAUUUAGCAAACCCGUGCCACUUGGCUAUGUACAAUCAAGUACACAAAUUUUUAUCAACAACAAUGUUUUAAAUGCUGAAUGGAUUUCCUGUUGUGGAUACCAGUAUGAUAGUUUAUGGAUUCUAAAACAAAAAGUGGAUUUAAUUGGGGAUAUGGAUAUAAAGGUGGAAUACAAAGAUGAGAAUAAAGAGAGAUUAGUGAUUGAAUGUAUUAAAUAUAAGGAAAAAAUGUAUGUUGGUAAGAGUAAAAUCAGCUUUGAAAAUAAAUAUUCACAGCCUGUGAUUGAAGAAUUGAAUGACCAACUUAAAUCAUGUCGGCAACUCCUCGCAUUGGAACCAGACAAUAAAUGGACUCUUUUAAGCACUACCGUCUUUUUACAUUGUAUUGAUGCAAAAUGCAAUCACAAAGAAGCAAUCAAUAACUUGCAAAUGUUAAAAAAGUUGGAUCAUCAAAGGGCCGGAUACUAUAGUGAUUUGAUAUCUAAGUGGUGUAUAGAAGAACAAUUACCAAUAGAUUAUAGCUUAAACUCUUUAGUCUUCAAACCAAAGAUGUCUGAUAAAAUUACCUGCUUACCUUAUUUGCAAUACUAUAGCUUUUGUGAGGAAGUUGAUCUAUCGAACCAGAAUUUAUGCUCAAAUGUUUUGCCUUCGUUAAUUUUGCUUCAACAUUGUAAGAUUUUGAUUUUAAGAAACAAUAAGCUUAAUACAUUAAAAGGUUUUCCAAAUAUUAAUUUGGAAAAGUUAGACAUACAAGGAAAUGAUGGGAUCAAUGUUGAUGAAGUGGAACAAUUUAAACGGGAUCAUAAGUUUGUUACAAUAUUUUAAUAACUUCAUCUUCGCGACUAUGAAAAACACUAAAAUUGUUACAAAACAAGGAAAACCCGUAAAAUUAUUUUUAAAAUUGAUAAUUUAAUAUACUAAAAGAAAAACACAGCUACAAAUUAAUGUAGGUACACUAUUUUUUUAAUGAGUUUUUUUGAUAGCAAAAAAAUUCAAUGGUUAGGUGUGUGUCUGGUAUUUGCCUUUUCUUCUUAAUGAACUCCAUUCAAAUGAUAUCUCCAAAUGGAAGGUAAACUAUUUUCUGCAAGGUAUUAAUGUUUUAUAUUUAUAUAUGCAUAAUAGCUGAUUAACUAGGUUUUUAUAUACUUUUUAUUCUAAGCACUAAUGCAAUAAAAUAUAUGGAAACAAUAAAAGUUUUUUUGUCCGUGAGAUGAGAUCAAACGCGCAUAUUAAUCUGACGAUAAAUGACUGCAGGAAAUCUUAGCAAUCCCACUAAUUUAUACGAAAUAUUGUAUAUUUCCUUUUUUAGGAGCGUUGCUACGGCUAAGAGAGAAACUUAAAAACUUUGAGGAAAAAAAUUUUAUGGCAAACAAAAUUAAAAUUAAACCCAAUAAAAGCUGCAAUA